GCUUCAUGACUUGACAUAGACAAUAGUCGCCAUGAGUGUGUCAGAAAGCGACAAGGCUCAACGCUACAUCAGCAGCCUCAAUGCCGCCCGUCUGAAUGGCGCAUGGUCCGACGUGCCCGAACUGGUCCGCAAGGUCGACAAACACGCCUCGCACAGAAGAUGCCUCACUCUCGCCGCUACCUCCGAGGCGCAAACCGCGACAUCGUCCAACCGCCGUCCUGGAACCCAAACAUCGGCCGCUUCCCACACCAGCCUCCUCGACCAGACUCCCAAGCUCGUCCAGGCUAUCGAGACUGAACACAACCUACUAGAAGACGCCUUCCAGGCCAAUGUCGCCCUUCAUGAGAUCUACUUCCUCCGCGCCGAGUGGUCAACAGUACUGGGUGGUCUGGACAAGGACGUCUGGCAACAAGUCGCUCCUUUCGCAAACUCUCCCGCAGACCUGAGCCCCAACACUCGUCUGGCUUUGAUCAAGAGCCGCUAUUUCCUGGGUGUUGCAAGAGAACAAAAGGUCUCCCUGGAGAGUGCUCUGCCUGCAUACAGCCAAGCCUUAUCGGCCAUUGAUCAAGCUCCUGUCAAUCUGGCCGCCCUAUCUGAAUAUCGAACCUGGGCUGCUCGUCUGCUCGGUCGCAUCUGUACUCUCCAGUCUAAACAAGGCCACACAUCCACUCUUGCCACCGCCAACGCUGCAUUGAUCUCAUACAGAGCAUGGGCCCGUAUCUGGAACGGCGACUCUUCCGUGAGGACAACCUCACCAAGCUACUCCCUGGGCCCAUACGACAUCUCCAACAAAGAUGUUUGGGGCAUGUACUACAACUUCCUCUCUUUCGUGCUCGGUACGGACCUGGUCUAUACUUCCUCAAACGAGUCACCAUUGGCCUUCCAGAACUCUGAUCAUACCAUCAACGAUCUGCCAAAGAUGCGCUUGCGUCAAAGAACAGAGUUGAAACAGGUCGAAGCUGCCUAUGAGAGCUUGCUUCUGUACAAGACCAAGUUCCCACAAGCCAGCCAAUCUAAUGAAGAGGUUGAACGAUGGGCUGAUUCUGUCAUUGCCAACUGGUCUAUCCUGUGCGGUCCGAGAUGGCGUGACAUUGACUUGGGAGAAGGUGGAAAAGCUGCUGUUGGCCGCAGUACCUUGGACAUUCUCUACCGUGCCGCGACUAAGACUUUCCACUCAACUUCCAUCCUACGUCAUCUCUUCUCUGUUCAUGCCUCGCUGGCCGAGUUUGAUCUUGCCAUCAAGGCCUUUGAUUCGUACACGGAGAUCACCAGCAGAGCAAAGUCAAGAGCCGAAAAGACUGGUCACAACGAGCCAGGUCUCGACGGUGACGAUCUUGUGGUUCUGACGGCCGCCCAGGCCAUCGGUGUGCUCUGCAGAUAUGGGUCACAAGCAGAGGGCGAGAAGGCCAUCGAGGUUGCCAAACGUCUGUCUGACUGGCUCAAACAACCCCGUCCGGCCUCGUCCAUGACUGUCUCUAGGAAGGAUGAAGACGGACGCCAGCCAGACAAGGCCGCCACUGACGCCGAGAUAUCGACAGGCGCUCUUAUCUCCGCCGAGUCUUCUGUAGCCGCAUAUCGUGCCAUUGGCGAAAGCCAAGCAAAUUUUGCAAGAUUGACCCAUGACCCAGCACAACGAUCAGAGUUUAGAGAAAAGGCAAUCAAGUCACUACGGAAAGCUGCCGAACUUUCACCCAACGGCAACUUGGAUACCGAGACUGCUCUCUUGCUAGGCACGACACUGGCUGAAAAUCGUCAAUUGUUACCCGCCACUCAGAUUGUCAAGUUUGCUCUGGCUUCAUCGGCAUCAGUGGAAGAAUCCGGCGGUGUUGUUGAAAAGAGUAAGAUGAUACCCCUAUACCACCUCAUGUCUUUGCUCUUGACUGCUCGAGGUGACUACGAACAUGCAUUGGAGUUCUGUGACGUCGCUUUCGAACAGUUCGGUGGUUCAGACAUCAUGUUCGGAGAAUCAGAAGGUGAAAGUAUGAUUUUGCAGAUGGAAGACUCGGAGAAAGAAGGACUCCUACAACUUCGCCUGACACAGCUGGCUCUCACGGAGAUGCUGGAUGGCUCUGAAACAGCAGUUGACGCUGGUUCCCAAGUGCUUGCUCUCUACAACAAACUUUUUAGUUCGACCAGUGGUACAUCACCGCCACCCAACGAUGUGGUCGCUCCUUCUGCGGCAUCGUUCGUCGCCCCUUCUCUCAAAACGCAAGGAACAUUCAAGAGUGUCAGUGGCAGCAUUCUGAGACGUUCAAAGUCUACGAGAAAGAACACAGACGGUCUUACACAAGAAAAGGACGUGCCCCCGCUCCCUACAGCCAACAAUGGAGCGAGCGCCAUGUCGACACCAGCACAGACUACUAAUGAGAACAGUGCUGCUUAUGAGAAACAUCACAAAAUCCAUUUACCACAUCACCCUCUGAAGCAUCUGCACCACCAUGAUCAUGCGACUGAUCCCGAGAAGAAUGCUCUUGCUCAACAGCAAGCCCCUCCCGUACCCCAGAAAGAUGGUUCCGACCAAAACCAAUCGUUACGUGGUGUCGCACAUAAUCUUGAUCACUCAAUACAACCGGCUCCUCUUGGGCACUCAGAUCAACCGCCAUCGCAAGAUCUACGUCUGCCCGUGCCACACCCGAGCACCGCCUCAGCGGCACCUCGUCCUCGCUAUAACUCUGCCAGACAAAAGCGCCACAUAACAUCUCUACUGGUUGAAGUCUGGUUGCACAUUGCAGGCCAAUACACACGAGGUGAAUUCUUUGAUGACGCUGAAGGCGCAAUAGACGAAGCACACAAACUCGCUGAGCGCUUCCAGCACGCCGUUGCAAAGGAGGAUUCCUCUGCCCGUGCAUUCGACGAGAGAGGCUGGGGUGGUGGUCGCAGUGUGAACAGAUUAUGGGCAGACGUAUGGGCUGAGCGCGGCGCUCUGGCAGCAGCUAAGAACUACCCCCACGAUGCACUCGCCGCUUACGAGAAAUCACUAUCGCAUUAUCCGGAUCAUCCCGCAGCAAUUGUAGGCAUCAGCACCAUUCUGCUCGAUAUCUACGCGCAGAAGAUCCCUGCUGAGGUGCCUCUCCCUAACUCCAUCGUCAAAUCUCCCCUGCCAGCCACGAAUCCGAAAGUGUUGCCUACAGACCCUACCCCUAGUGUCGAGGUACAAACGAGGUUGGCGGCAAGAGAUAGAGCAUACUUCUUACUUACCUCGUUGACCAAGAGCGGAGAAGGCUGGGAUGACAGUGAGGCUUGGAGUCUACUUGCUAGAGCACAUGAAGAGAGUGGGCAAAUGGAACGCGCAAGAGAGGCAUUGUGGUUCCUGGUCGAGCUUGAAGACGGAAGACCUUUGAGACCUUGGGGUAUUGUUAGCAGUGCGCUCUGAAUGG